AUGGAUCUCUUAUUGUUCGGUGAUCAGACCGCUGAUCAGUACCCGCUGCUCCGGAAGAUCUCUCAGCGGAAGGAUAAUGCGCUAUUAUCGACUUUCCUAGAACGCGUCAGCGUCGCCCUACGAGAUGAAGUCACGAGACUCCCGCGCUCGCAUCGCGACAGCAUACCAGAUUUCCUGACUGUCCAGCAUUUGGUGGAGGCGUACUACGAGAAGGGACUGAAGAUGCCACAGCUGGAAAGCUGUUUAGUCACGAUAGCACAAUUGGCUCAUUUCAUAGGGUACUUUGAGGAGCAUCCGUUUGAACUACCAAACCCAUCAAACACCAGAAUCCUUGGGUUGUGCACGGGUUUACUGGCAGCAUCCGCCGUCGCAUCUGCGAGAUCGCUCGCAGAUCUCCUUCCGCUUGCCGUCGAAGCGGUCCGCAUCGCAUUCCGUGCCGGGACAUGCGUUGGAACCGCCAAGGAGGCAUUGGAGCAGGCCAACUCGCGGGAGAGCUGGUCAACUAUCGUCACGGGUAUUUCUGAGCAAUCUGCAAACGCCGCUCUUGCAGAUUUCCAUUCAGAGAAAGGCAUCCCGAUAUCACAGCAGGCAUAUGUCAGUGCUGUUAGCACCAUGGCGCUGACCAUCAGUGGCCCACCGUCGACCACGAAGCGGAUAUUCCAGGAUUCCGAGGCUUUUAAGCGGAAUCACCGCGUGCCAAUUCCGGUGUACGCCCCAUACCACGCCGGCCACCUCUAUGGCCAAGCCGACAUGGAGAAGAUCCUAGACGAAUCAUCGAGGGAGUUUCUUCAAUCAUUCCGCCCGAACGCUCUUAUCCAUUCAGCCGCGACCGGAAAGUGUCACGAAGCCUCCAGCUCACUAGAGUUAUUCGAGUUCGUUCUCCGCGAGGUUUUGCAGCAGCCAGUUCGCUGGGAUUAUCUACUCGAAGAGGUCAUUUCCCAAGUUACUUCAACCGCAAGCUCCGCGUGUUCGGUAACUUCAAUGGGUGUCACAAAUGUUGCGAACAGCUUGGUAUCCGCACUCAAAGCGGGUGGCCAGUCGACCGUCUCCGUUAAAGAUCACACAACAUGGUUGGCGAGAUCUGAGAAGCUCGGCCGGACACAGAACGACAAGAUCGCCAUCGUCGGCAUGGCCGGACGGUUCCCCGGUGCUGCCAGCCACGAAGCACUAUGGGAGUUGUUGGAGAAGGGUCUCGACGUCCACAGGGAGGUCCCCGCUGACCGCUUUGACGCUAAGGCUCAUUGUGACCCGUCAGGCAAGGGAAAGAACAAAUCCCACACGCCUUACGGCUGCUUCAUCGAUGAGCCUGGAUUGUUUGAUCCUCGAUUCUUCAACAUGUCACCACGAGAGGCCGCCCAAACGGAUCCUAUGGGUCGUCUUGCACUAGUUACCGCCUACGAAGCUCUCGAGAUGAGCGGCUACGUCCCGAAUAGGACGCCGUCCACGAAGCUUCACAGAGUUGGCACCUUUUACGGCCAGACUUCGGACGAUUGGCGAGAAAUCAACGCGUCCGAAAACGUGGACACUUACUAUAUCACUGGUGGCGUGCGUGCGUUCGCUCCUGGACGCAUCAACUACUAUUUUAAGUUUUCGGGUCCCUCUUACAGCAUCGACACAGCCUGCUCCUCUUCGCUUGCAGCCAUUCAGUUGGCCUGCACGUCCCUUUGGGCCGGUGACUGCGACACCGCUUGCGCCGGUGGCUUGAAUGUCCUCACCAAUCCCGACAUCUUUGCUGGUCUUUCUAAGGGACAGUUCUUGAGCAAAACCGGGAGCUGCAAAACGUACGACAACGACGCCGACGGUUAUUGCCGUGGUGACGGCUGCGGCACCGUUAUCUUGAAGCGAUACGAAGACGCUAUCGCGGACAAGGACAACAUUCUUGGAUGUAUCCUGGGCGCUGCCACUAAUCACUCCGCUGAGGCCGUUUCCAUCACUCACCCCCAUGCCGGUGCCCAGGAGUUCUUGUAUAAGAAGGUCUUGGCAAAUGCUGGAGUUGACGCGCACGAGAUCAGCUACGUCGAGAUGCACGGCACCGGGACGCAGGCGGGUGACGGCAUUGAGAUGACCUCAGUCACCAAUGUUUUUGCACCCCGUCAUCGGCAGCGUCGGCCUGAGGAGACCCUUCAUCUCGGUGCCAUCAAAGCCAACAUCGGUCACGGAGAGGCUUCGUCGGGUAUCAACUCGCUGAUUAAAGUCAUGAUGAUGAUGAAGAAGAACGCCAUUCCUGCGAACGUCGGCAUUAAAGGUGUGAUGAACAAGAGCUUCCCUAAGGAUCUUGGCCAACGCAACGUUCACAUCGAAACGCGGCAAGUAGCAUAUCCACGACGUGGUGCUGAGAAGCGCAAGAUCUUCCUCAACAACUUUUCUGCCGCUGGUGGCAACACCGCAAUUGUUCUCGAGGAUGGUCCGCUCAUGGAGGCUCCCACUGCGGUUGACCCAAGGGGUACCCACAUGGUUGCAGUUUCCGCGCGCUCCAUUGCCUCGCUCAAGAGAAACAUCACCCGCCUGAUUGGCUACCUUGGGGAGAACCCGCAGACAACACUGGCUAGUCUAGCGUACACCACCACUGCUCGUCGUAUCCAGCACAACUAUCGUGUUUCGUUCGCAAUCUCCGACAUCGCCAAGGCUAAGGAGGCCCUUCAGUCUCAAGUCAAGGAUACCUACAGCCCAAUUGCGAUGGUGCCCACCAAGACCGCCUUUACCUUUACUGGACAAGGUUCACAGUACACUGCUCUCGGCAAGAAGCUGUACGAGGAUUUGAAAUCAUUUAAAGACGACGUUGAUCAGCUCGACAACAUCGCUCGCCUCCAGGGUUUUCCCUCGAUCAUUCCCCUUCUCGAUGGCACAGACGUGGUUUCCAUUUCCCCGAUCGUCGUCCAGCUCGGCAUGGCCUGUAUCCAAGUUGCUCUGGCUCGAAUGUGGGCUUCGUGGGGCAUCAAGCCAAGUGCUGUCAUUGGCCACAGCCUAGGCGAAUAUGCUGCUCUUCAUGUUGCCGGCGUCAUCUCAGCCAGCGAUAUGAUCAUGUUGGUUGGUCGCCGGGCGGAGCUUCUCGUAGCCGACUGCACCUCCUACACACAUGGCAUGUUGGCUGUCAAGGGUAGUGUUGAGUCAAUCAAGAAUGCUCUUGGCAGCAAGAUGACCGAGAUCGCCUGCAUUAAUGGUCCGGAGGAGACCGUACUUUGCGGCACUGUCGAGGUGGUCGAGGCAACGAACGAUACUCUUGCCUCCAAGGGCAUGAAGGCCACUAAGCUCAACGUUCCGUUCGCGUUCCACUCCGCUCAAGUCGAGCCUAUCCUCGAAUCCUUCAAGAAAAUUGCCUCAGCUGUCGUCUUCAGCAAGCCUACCGUACCAGUUCUGUCGCCACUUUCCGGUGAGAUCAUCCGCGAGGCUGGCAUCAUCGGUCCGGACUACCUCGCUAGGCACGCUCGCGAGACCGUCAACUUCUGGGCGGCAUUGAUGACUGGCCAAGCUGAGAAGGUGUUCGAUGAGAAGACCGCUUGGCUCGAGGUUGGCGCUCACCCCGUGACUUCCGGUAUGGUCAAGUCAUCCCUCGGCGGCGCUCCCGUUACAGCGCCCUCCCUUCGUCGCAAUGAGGAUCCGUGGAAGACUCUUAAUACCAGCCUGUGCGCACUUUACAACGCUGGUGUGGCCAUCGAUUUUAACGAGUUCCAUCUUCCCUUCAACGCAGCUCACCAGUUGUUGUCCCUCCCAACUUACUCGUUCGACGAUAAGAGAUACUGGCUAGAUUACCACAACAACUGGACCCUUACCAAGGGCGAAGCUCCUGUUGCCGCUCCAGCACCCGUGGCGCCUGUUGUUGAGGAGAAGUCUAAGCUUUCGACCACAUCUUGUCAGCGCAUUGUUCAUGAAGAGCUCCAGGCCAACUCUGGCACUGUAGUCAUCCAGUCAAACCUGGCGGACCCCAAGCUUUUCCAGGCUGUCAGCGGUCAUCUUGUCAACGACGCUGCGCUUUGCCCCUCAUCUUUGUAUGCGGACAUGGCCAUGACUGCGGCCGAUUAUCUCUACAAACAGCUGCGUCCCAAAGGUUCUCCAGUUGGCUACAACGUUUGCUCAAUGGAAGUAGCGAAGCCCCUCAUUGCAAAGAUUCCCCAGCCCGCGGAGGGCCAGCACAUCCAGCUUGAGGCUACCGCAGACCUUGAGCAGCGAACAGUCGACCUCAAGUUCCGAAGCGUUACUCCCCAAGGCAAGCUUCUCGUCGAACAUGCUUUCGGUACGGUUAAGCUUGAAGAUAUCGACACGUGGAAGACUGAGUGGGGCCGUACCACCUUCAUGGUUCAAACCCAGGUUGAUCUUCUGAAGCAGAAGCUACAGACUGGUGGUGCCCACAAGGUCCUCCGUGGAAUGGCUUACAAGCUGUUCCAGGCCCUGGUCAACUACGAUGCGAAGUAUCGCGGCAUGGAGGAGGUUAUUCUCGACGGCAAGCAAACCGAGGCCACCGCAAAGAUCCACUUCCAGACGAAGCCCGAGGAUGGCGAUUAUUAUUGCUCGCCAUACUGGAUCGACAGCUUGGCCCACAUCUCAGGGUUUAUCGUCAAUGCUUCUGAUCUUGUUGAUUCAGCCAACUCUGUCUACAUCUCACACGGCUGGGAGUCCAUCAGAAUCAGCAAGCCGCUCUCUGCCGACAAAGAGUACCGCUCAUAUGUUAGGAUGCAGCCGGCCCCAGGCAACAUAUCGGUCGGUGACGUCUACAUCUUUGAAGGCGAGGAGAUCAUCGGUGUUGUCAACGGACUUAAGUUCCAGCAGAUCCCUCGCAGAGUGAUGAACAUCAUGCUUCCGCCGAUGAAUAAGAACGCUACCAAGACCCCUGCUGCCCCUGUUCAGGCCGGCCCCGCUAAGACUCAAGCUCUCGUCCAGACCUCCGCCAAGACUCAGGCUGCUGCUUCGAAAGCUCCCAAGGCUGUUGUUACGAAGACAGUCAAGACCGUCAAAACUGUGAUGCCCAAGCCGACCGGCAACACAAUCACUUCUCGCGUCAUGAAGAUUAUCGCUGAGGAAACUGACGUUGACAUGUCUGAACUGGUCGAUGACGCUGCCUUCGAGAAUCUGGGCGUAGACUCUCUUAUGUCUUUGACGAUCUCAGCCAAGUUCCGCGAGGACCUCGACCUUGAAAUCAGCUCAACGUUGUUUACAGAUUUCCCUACUGUCGGGCAAAUGAAGAGGUUCUUCUCUCAAUACGACGGAGGAGCUCCCCUUGUCGAGUCCGAAGAUUCUGAUCUUUCCGAGGUGUCUGACCUCCCUACGCCGUACGAUGGGGACGACGUCAGCACUCCUGCAAGCUCAGCGCCUAGCUCCGCUCCCAGUAUUUCUGGCAAAGAAGCCCCAGUCCGCGUUGAAAUCAAGCAGACCACAGAGACCAUUGAAGGCGAAGUCAGUCUGGCCCGACAGAUCGUAGCCGAGGAGAUGGGUGUGGAUAUUUCCGAGAUCACCGAUCAGGCUGACCUAGCCGAGAUGGGCAUGGAUUCUCUGAUGAGCCUAACAAUCUUGGGUGCGUUGCGAGAGAGGACCGGCGUCGAGCUUCCCUCUACAUUCCUCGUCACCAACUCCUGCAUCGAAGACAUUGAGAACGCUCUCGGCAUGCGCCCUAAGCCCAAACAGAAGGUUACCGUUGAGACGAAGAUCCAAACCAAGUCUGUUACAGCCACCAACCCUCAGCUCGCCGAGGUGAACAAGAAGCUCCAGCCUAUCUCUAAGGAUAUCUCCAACUUGCCACCUGCCACCUCAGUUCUUCUCCAGGGCAAUGCUAAGAUAGCAACGAAGAAGUUCUUCUUGCUCCCGGACGGUUCUGGCAGCGCAACCUCAUACAUCUCAAUCAGCAACAUCUCUCCGGACAUGGCCGUAUACGGUCUCAACUGCCCUUUCAUGAAGAAACCUGAGGAUUUCACCUGCGGUAUCGACGGUGUCUCCGCCCUCUACUAUGCCGAGAUAAGGCGUCGUCAGCCCAAGGGUCCUUAUAUUAUUGGCGGUUGGUCAGCCGGUGGUGUCAUCGCGUACGAAGUCGCACUCCAGAUCCUUGCUUCCGGCGAGGAGGUUGAACGCCUUGUUCUUAUCGACUCCCCGUGCCCUGUCGCUCUUGAUCCUCUACCCGCUCGUCUCCACAUCUUCUUCGACCAAAUCGGUCUCCUGGGCACCGGCAAGGCAGGUGGUACUCCCGGCUGGCUACUCCCUCACUUCAGCGCCUCGAUCACCGCCUUGUCAGGAUACAACCCUGCGCCAUUCCCGAAGCACAGAGCGCCUAAGACGUUUGCUAUCUGGUGCACUGAUGGUGUCUGUGGCAAGCCCGAUGACCCUCGCCCACCGCCAGCUGAGGAUGAGGACCCGGCGCCGAUGAAGUGGUUGCUCAACAACCGCACUGACUUCGGUGACAACGGCUGGGCGCAGCUCUGCCAUCAGGAGAAUAUGGAAUUUGCAGUAAUGGGUGGGAACCAUUUCACCAUGAUGAAGGGCGAUCACGGCGAGACACUUGGCAAGCUCAUCCGUCAAGGACUUGGCCUUGCGUAA